AUGUCUGACUUUGACGAAGACCCAGAAUUAUCGGAUGUGGAAGGAGGAGAAGAACACCUUAAAGAAGCCGAAGAUGAGAAGACUGAUGGCAUCAACCUUCCACAUCUCCAGCAAUUGUAUCUGGCCCAAAAUGCUAUCAAACGUCUUGAGGGUUUGGAGAAGUUAGAGCGCCUCACCACACUUCACCUUCGAGACAAUCAGCUAGAGUCGCUCAACGGCCUCAGUCCCAGCAUGAAGUGUCUUCAGUACCUCAAUGCCAGAGGCAAUGCAAUCACAGAUGCUGCUCUACGAUACAUCGGCGUUCUGUCACAAAGCCUUCGCGUGUUGGUUCUCUCUGGGAACCCAGUCGCGGAAAAUUCCGAAUACCGGAUAAAUGUGCUGACAGUAGUGCCACAGCUGGAAAGACUCGACAAAAAUCCUGUCGUCCCCGAGGAGAGAGUUGAAGCCUGGGAAAGAAUCAGGGAACUUCAAGAAGAGGAAAUGUAUGCACAAUAAGAUGUGUAACUAUGGCCAGAAUGGGGAAGUGUUGGACUGACUUCAUUUGUUUAAAAUGGCAGACCUGCUGUCUGUUGAUGAAUAACCAAAUACACCUCUGUAUGAAGUACUCUAUGUUUGAUACAUUAGCUCAAUCAUCCAUGACUUUGCACAAAUAGUGUUUUUCAUUUCCAUACACUCAUUGUUACAGCUGAGCUAUUUUUAAACAAUAAAGUUUUAUUAAAUGUUUA